AUGAGCGACAUCAACACCAUCUUUGGAAUCCUAGCAGCCGAUGAUGCUAAGCUCGAUCUACCGUUAGAUUUAGUGGAACGCACAGCUAAAGAGCUGAGCCACAACAUCUACACCGAGUUCUCUUACCUCAACGUCAUCGAGAAACAACAUGGGGCCGCCAUAUCGGUUCGGUGGAAGAAAAAGUCGCCAGCAAAGCGCCGAGAGCUACUUUGCGCCGUAUGGUCCGAAAUGCCUGCUACACAUCGACCUGAAAUGGAGGAUCCGCACUUCUAUUGCGCUAAGUGCACAUGCGGAGGCGCGAAGAAAGUAUUCUAUCGCAACGAGCUAUGGCCUUACAUCAAUUUGGAGGACUUGUCAGAUGCGAGGUCCUUGCUCGAAUUGAUCAAAGUCCGCGCCCACAAUCGUCCUUCAACAUUCGCUAGCACCGAGCUAAGCUAUUCUCCAGCGGCUGCACCGCGGACUACCCGGGAGCAACUCAAGGAUCCCAGCAUAUCCUUCGCAGACCAGGAUUUCGAGGCACAACAGUAUAUACCGGAGUUAUACGGUCGCGUGGUGGACCCGGCAGAACCCGAAUGCAUCGUUCUCAAUGGGUUGCGCACCAUGUACCUUCUGGGACCAGGCCUGCAGAUGCUUCGCAUUCAAGCUGGUCUGUUGAGGUUCCUUGUCGACUGCUGUAUCAAGAUCAUGCAUGACAUCCCCAGCGACAUGAUUCUAGCUGAUGCUAGGACGAUCCCAUUCCAGCCACCGAGCUUGCCACCUCAAGAUUUUGUGAGCAGUAGCCUUAAAGAUGCAGCUAUUAAGGCCGAAUACUGUGCGCGAAGUAUGCCGGAUUGUACGCGCAUCCGACAUCUGAUCUCAACAGUAUUGAACAGUAUCAAAGACCAUGCCUGGGCCUUGCGCGAGGACCCUGUGUAUUUUGCGGAACACGUCCAAGACCACGUGGAGCAUCGCCAUGAGAACAUACUGAACAAAGCUGGACAGCCAUCCGAAAGACUGGGAACGAGAUACUUCAACUCCUGCGUUCUCCGCGAGAUCAUGGCCAGCGCAUACGGCACUCUUAUCGUCUGGGACCAGCUCUAUCAGGAAUCCCUCAAACUCGAAGCUCUUUACGAGUUGACGUUGCAAGGAGAAGUGACCGAGGAGUUAUUCAGACGCUAUCUCGAUGCUAUGAAAGUUGUGUACUUCUUGUUGCUGGGAUGCAAAGGUGAAGCCGCGGGGUUCUUGCAGAACUUCGCUAGGGGCUCUCCGCAUUUGCGUCACCUCUAUGUUAGGAAGCCUAUACAAGGAACAUCCGAUUACACAGCCGCGCUGACCGCAACUGACGAUGUCGUUGGUAGCCGGGUAGAGAAGCUCUUGGGUCGAGUGAGCGAUGAGGAUUCAACGGUCGACGUAUCUCACUGCCAUCUGGACUGCCUUGAGACAUACUGCGGACGAGAGCCGUCUGCAAGAUCCAAGCUCUCACCUUUCAUAGAACAUUCUUUGACUCAGCUGUCAAUCAGCGUGGAAUGUCUACACCUGUUACGAGUAUCAUCCUGCGCCGACAGGAUGACACCACAUUUCGACUUUCUCGAGAUCGAUGCUGUCGUUCCUAAACCAGUUCUGGGCUUCUUGCACGCUCACGAAAAGUGGAGAGAAACGAUGGAAAACGGAGGCGGCGAGCUGGCCAUACCGAAUCUUGAAGUGUCAAGCAAUGGAAAACUAGACUAUCCCAGCGAAACUGUCCAUACAAAACAGGCCGUUGAAGCACGUCGAAAGGCGGAACGCAACCUAGACAGGUUCUGGAGAUGCGUCGAUAGGUCUUUUCGUAAGCUCACAGGCUAUUCCCAACACGCUACUAUUCGCAGACUCUUCGAUGAAGGCGGUCCGAUGCAGAGAACAGCUCCGUGGUAUGACCCGGAAGGUCACGAUGCAUCGCCGAAAUCGAUCAUUGCAUACGAGUAUCAGCCUAUAUCCGAGAUCUUUCAUGACCCAACAAAAGAGAUCACCGGAAACUUCGAUCGCCUCGCCGUUGCAGGUAAGAUCAAAUCGAAGACACAUAGCGAGAUAGAUGCUGCGGCUCACAACGCCGAUGAGGCAGCGCAGGAGCGACCGAUGGCCAUGUCAAAACCUCUAUAUCAUGUUGGAAAGGACGCGUAUGUCGUAAUCAAGGCGCUGUUCCAUGUGCCAAACGACAGCGAGCCUCCGGGCAAAAUCCGAUGGGACCAGCUUGUGGCUACGCUCACCAAGCUUGGAUUCGCCGUCGAGAAGCUGCACGGGUCUGCGUGGCAAUUCACACCGAAGAAGUUGAACUUGCCACGUGGAAUCCAGUUCCAUGAGCCGCAUCCGAGCGGUGAAGUGCCAUUGACUCUGGCCAGACGCUACGGACGUCGACUAGCGCGUGCGUACGGAUGGGAGGCAGCGAUGUUCAAGCAGAAGUGA